AUGUCGGCCAACACUGUUUACGUCAAGAACAUCUCGAGUUCGACAUCGAAGAAGGAGGUAACUGACUUCUUCUCGUUCUGCGGAAAGAUCAAGUCCAUUGAAAUCACCUCCGGCGCAGACUCCCAAAGCGCAGAAGUUGUGUUCGAGAAGGAGACCGCAGCAAAGACAGCUCUUCUACUGGACAACACCCAGCUUGGAAAGUCCCAGGUUUCCGUGACCGGUGCCGAGGGUGCUAAGGAGUUCGAUGAGGCCCACCGCGAGAAGGACAGCGACGAGAUUACCCAGGAGGAGAAGCCCCGCUCCCGUAUCAUCGCCGAGUACCUCGCCCACGGCUACGUUAUCGGCGACCAAGCUUCGCAACGCGCGCUCGACCUUGACCACAAGCACGGUAUCUCCAGCCGCUUCCUGACUACGCUCCAAAACCUCGACAACAAGUACAAGGCCACCGAGAAGGCCAAGUCUGCGGACCAAUCCUACGGUAUCUCCACCAAGGCCCAAGGUCUCUUCCAGGGCCUAGCAUCAUACUACGAGAAGGCCGCCGAGACGCCAACCGGCCAGAAGGUUGUCCAGUUCUACUCCCAAACCCAGAAGCAGGUCGAGGAUAUCCACCGCGAGGCUCGCCGUCUCGCCGACCUCAAGAAGGAGGAAGCUGGCACCACUUGUAAGUGCGGAUCUGAUUCUUCUAUUUGCACCUGUGCCCCCGGCACCUGCGACUGCGCCGGAUGCGCGAAGUCCGGCAAGUCAAAGAAGGCAGUGCCAGGCACCGAUAAGACCACCUGCUCAUGCGGCGGCGACAACGAGAUCUGUUCCUGCGAAGUGGGCCAGUGUGCCUGCGCCUCGUGCCCAAAGGCAUCGAGGACUGAAGCCGCAAGCCAAGCCGCAAGCUCGGGCAAGACUACUUGUAACUGUGGAGGUGAUUCAAAGAACUGCUCGUGUGCAAAGGGCAAGUGUGCCUGCACCGGAUGUGGCAAGACUUCUUAG